AUGCAGUGUGCUUGUUGCGGAUCCUCCUUUAUCGCCGCCAUGAGUCGCGGGUCGGGAGCAGGGUACGAUCAAUAUGCUUUCAAGGCGGUCAAGUCGGUUGGAGUGACGUCCAUCGCAGUGCGAGGCAAGGAUUCAGUGUGCUUCGUGACUCAAAAGAAGGUCCCUGACAAGCUGAUAGACGAGACCAGCGUCACGAACCUGUAUCCAGUCACCAAAGGCAUUGGCAUGCUGGCGACAGGCCUCACAGCCGACGCGAGAUCGUUGGUGCUGAGGGCCCGCCACGAGGCGGCGGAGUUCCGGUUCAAGCUGGGAUAUGACGUGCCUGUGGACUACCUGGCUAGAAGAUUGGCGGACAUGGCUCAGGUGUACACGCAGCAGGCAUACAUGCGACCUCUGGGCGUGGCCACCAUGCUGAUCGGCAUUGACGAUGAGUUUGGCCCCAUGCUGUACAAGUGUGAUCCAGCUGGCUACUACGUCGGUUACAAGGCCACAGGGGCAGGAGCCAAGGAGCAGGAGGCGAUAAACUUUCUGGAGAAGAAGCUAAAGGACGGGAAGCACCAGAACCUGACAGCAGAUGAGGCAGUGCAGUUGGCCAUUUCAGCGCUGCAAGGUGUGCUGUCAGAAGACAUGAAGGCGACCGAGAUCGAG